CCAAACAGUCUGUAUGACGUAAGAUUUCAGCGACAGUGUCGGAAUGCUGACAUGGCGGCUUCCAUAGCGGAUGCGUUUCGACAAGGAACUUGGAUCAAAUUGAUCAUAGUUUUUGCGUUCCUUAUUUCCUCCGCCACUGCCCUGAUUCCAGGAUUAUAUUGUGGGACAGAGAGCUGUUACGAUGUUCUCGGCGUGACAAGAGAAUCGGUUAAAUCCGAGAUAGCGCGUGCUUACAGACAGCUGGCUAGAAAAUAUCAUCCGGAUAGGUUCCGAGAUGGGGACCCAGAACUCGCCGGAGAGACAAAUGAAAGUGCUAAAGAGAAAUUUCUUCUCGUCGCUACAGCAUAUGAAACCCUUAAAGAUGAAGAAACCAGGAAAGAUUAUAACUACAUGUUGGAUCACCCAGAGGAGUACUAUAGUCACUACUAUGCAUACUACAGCAGAAGGCUGGCACCUAAAGUGGACGUGAGGAUAGUAAUCCUAGUAACAGUGGUUGCCAUUUCUCUGUUCCAGUAUUACAGCUGGUGGAGUAGCUACACGGAAGCCAUAAACUAUCUGGCCACUAUGCCAAAAUACCGCAUCAAGGCCACAGAGCUGGCCAAUAAACAGGGGCUGCUGAACCGCACCAAGGAGAAGGGAAAGAACCGACGCUCGAAGGAGGAGAUCCGGGAGGAAGAGGAGGAGAUCAUACGUGACAUCAUCAAGAACAAAAUCGACAUCAAGGGCGGCUAUCAGAAGCCCAACAUGUCGGACAUCCUGCUGUGCAAACUUGUGCUGUUUCCCUACCACCUCUGCAUUUACAUAAAGUGGUACUGUUCUUGGUUGUACCGGUUCACCCUGAGGAGGGAGGAGUAUGGCGAGGAGGAGAAGUUCUACCUCAUCCGGAAACACAUGAGGAUGUCACAGGCGCAGUUUGACAACCUGGACGACCAGCUGCAGGACACGUUCCUGGAGAAGCAGCUGUGGGUUAAGGAGAACUAUGAGGUUUAUAAAGUCGAGCAAGAGGAGGAGAUGAAGGUGAAGAUGGCACAGGACCCCAGGUGGAAGCGCUACCGCAGAUGGAUGAAGAAUGAAGGACCGGGUCGUCUCACUUUCACCGAUGACUGAUGACCCAUACAUACAUACAUGCAGACACAACACACAACAAGCCACAGACACAUGUGCACACAGAUAUGCACAUGUCAAACUUUUAAAACCGAUAUGCCAAUAAACCGCAUAUAAUGCAUCCCAAGCGCUCUAUAGACACUACUGUGUGAACCUCAUACUGAUUGCGUGGCCUGCCUGUGCGUGUGUUGUGAUGGAAACAUCUACAAAUAAUGUUGGGUCAUAUGAAGCAUUAGAAAGAUACGUCUGAAAGGGGGCUGUCUCGGUUUCUGGCAGUGGAUGGGGUGAUGCAAUCUACAGCCAAAACUACAUAUUGGUGAAGCAUUUUGCCAUCAAAAAAUGAUUUCGUUCAUUCAUUCAGUUUACGAUUUUUAAGUCUCUUUUUUGUUGUUGUCAUGGAAUUCAUAUUUUAUAAUAUUAUUAAAGUGGGUAUGGGAAAGCAUGGAAUUUAUGUGUCCUUUGUUAGUGCCCUAUUAUUUCAAAAUCUUAUGCCUCACCAUGUUUACAUAUUUUUAUGUUUUUAUUUUUAAUGUAGACAAACAUGUUCAGAGGUGCAUGAUAAUAGCCUGUAUCAUUUGAAGCUGCGUGUCACACAUUUUAUGGAUGGUCUGUGUUUACAUUUACAUUUUUGGUGGUGUCUAAAGGGCAUUUUUGGGGUAAUUUAAGAAAGGAGUUAGCAUGCUAUAAGCAUAGUUGCUCUAGCUACAAAUAAAAACAAGUAACUUAUGACAACAAAAAGUACUGAAUGAGGAAAGCAAGAAAAAUCAAGUGAUCCCUGCCAUUCAAGGUUUUGAAUCCACUGCUGGGGUUUCUUUUUUUGGGCAUUUCAGACUAGCUUUAUGAAUUAUCCCCAAAAAUGCUUAGAAAAAGCAUAAGCAUAAAAAAUGCUUCAUCUUUAGUUCUUGCAUAAUAGCAAUAGGCACUACACAGGGCUGCUUUUUACUCACACAGACUAGCUGCUAUUUAUACUGUUAAGGUUAAAGUUGGACGAACUGGAAAAUAAAGAUGAAAAUAAAUGACCCCCUCUGCACUUUUAAACAAGCAGCACAAAUGUUAAUGUGAUAUGGAGCUCUGAUACAGAAUCAGAAAGAUCUAAACAGUUUGUGAAUUACAGUCUUUGACACAAGUAUGUAAAUGGGGGAGGGUUUUUUCCCAUUUGUGUAGUGGUGAUACAUUUAGAUGACACUGUAAAAAGUCAAUCAGACCACAUUUGGAGUGAUGAUCACUGUUCUUGACUUAACAACUCCAGAAAGCCUGGUGUGUUCUGUCACUGAGGUUGCAUUAGUUUGAUUGCAAUUAGACUUACUUCAGUAAUAUUACCAAAUGCCUUAAUCUUAUUUAUACAUUUACUACCUUACGUAUGGUAUGCUAGUAUCAGUUCUAAAAAAUAGACUCUAAAUAGAAUGUAUACUUACAGGUCUGUGAACUAGUCAGUUCUGCAAUAGUCUUAAAUGUAGACUACAUUAUAUCAUAUUUACCGAAGUUGCCGUGUAGUGGUGAACUGUCCAUGAGGUUUUGUAUUUUAGAGAUCUUUGAGGUUCUGUGUGAUGAUUGCAAUUGCAUCUCUCUCAUAUCUGUCACUUCUAUGGGUCUGAUGGCUGUGCUGGUGAAUAAUCAGAUGGUAUUGUUUGUGAUGACUGCUGUAAAUGAUACCGUGACUGAAAAUAAAAACACAUUUUAUAGUU